AUGGCUCAGAUAUCCAGCAACAAUGGAUUUAAGAAAUGCUCAUCUUCCCCUCCGGAAUCAACAAGAACAAAAGAUGUAGGCAAAGAAGAAGCAUUACAGAUGGAAGCAGAGGCUUUAGCAAAACUGCAAAAGGACAGGCAGGUGACUGAUAAUCAGAGAGGCUUUGAGUUGUCUAGCAGCACCAGACAAAAAGCACAGGUUUAUAAUAAACAGGAUUAUGAUCUCAUGGUGUUUCCUGAAUCAGAUACCCAAAAAAGAGCAGUAGAUAUUGAUGUAGAAAAGCUUACCCAAGCUGAACUUGAGAAACUAUUGCUGGAUGACAGUUUUGAGUCUAGGAAAACACCUAUAUUGCCAGUUACUCCUGUUCUGAACCCUUCAUUAUCAGCACAACUCUAUCUUAGACCUGCUAUUCAGAGAGGACAGUGGCCACCUGGAUUAUCUGGACCUUCCAGUUACGCUUUACCUUCUAUUUAUCAGUCAACUUACAGUACUAAACAGACUGCAUUCCAAAAUGGCUUCAACCCAAGAAUGCCUACUUUUGCAUCCACAGAACCUAUAUAUUUAAGACUUCCAGGACAGUCUCCAUAUUUUUCAUAUCCUUUGACAUCUGCCACACCCUUUCAUCCACAAGGAAGCUUACCUAUCUAUCGCCCAGUUGUCAGUCCUGACAUGGCAAAGCUGUUUGACAAAAUAGCUAGCACAUCAGAAUUUUUAAAAAAUGGAAAAGCAAGGACUGAUUUGGAGAUAAAUUCAAAAACUACAAUCAGCAAUCUGCAGGUAUCUCCAAAGUCUGAAGACAUCAGUAAAUUUGAUUGGUUAGACUUGGAUCCUCUAAGUAAGCCUAAGGUGGACAAUGUAGAGGUAGAGGACCAUGAAGAGGAGAAAAAUGUGCCAGAUUUGCUAGCAGACGAUCCUUGGGAUGCUGUUCUUCUUGAGGAGAGAUCACCAGCAAGUUGUCACCUUGACAGAAAGGUGAAUGGAAAAUCUCUUUCUGGAGCAACAGUAACAAGAAGCCAGUCUUUAAAUAUUCGAACAACUCAGCCUACAAAAGUCCAGAGCCAAAUAUAUCAGAAAGACCCAAAUGGGACCAGUACUUUGCCAACUGAAAGUUCUCUUCUACAAGAAAUUGAAGUACAGAGUGAGGAAGUAGCAGCUUUUUGUCAAUCAGUUACAAAAUUGAAGACCAACUUUCCAUAUACCAAUCACUGCACAAAUCGGGGCUAUUUGUUAAGUCCAGUCACAGUGCAAAGAAACAUAUGUGGAGAAAAUGCUAGCGUGAAGGUCUCCAUUGAAAUUGAAGGAUUUCAGCUACCAGUUACCUUUACAUGUGAUGUGAGUUCUACUGUAGAAAUCAUUAUAAUGCAAGCCCUUUGUUGGGUACACGAUGACUUGAAUCAAGUAGAUGUUGGCAGCUAUGUUCUGAAAGUUUGUGGUCAAGAGGAAGUGCUACAGAAUAAUCAUUGUCUUGGAAGUCAUGAACAUAUUCAAAACUGUCGAAAAUGGGACACAGAGAUUAAACUACAACUUUUGACCUUCAGCGCAAUGUGUCAAAAUCUGGCCCGAACAGCGGAAGAUGAUGAAACACCUGUGGAUUUAAACAAACACCUGCAUCAAAUAGAAAAACCUUAUAAAGAAGUCAUGACGAGACAUCCUGUUGAAGAACUUUUAGAUUUGUAUCACAAUCAAGUGGAGUUGGCUCUUCAAAUUGAAAAUCAGCACAGAGCAGUAGAUCAAGUAAUUAAAGCUGUAAGAAAAAUUUGUGGUGCUUUAGAUGGUGUGGAGACUCUUGCCAUUACAGAAUCGGUAAAGAAGCUAAAGAGAGCAGUAAAUCUUCCAAGGAGUAGAAGUGCUGAAGUGACUUCACUGUCUGGAGUAGGAGACAUUAACAGGAGUUCAAGUAGGGGCUCACUGAAUCCUGAAAAUCCUUUUCAAGUAAGCAUGGACCAGUUAACUGCAGCAAUUUAUGAUCUUCUCAGACUCCAUGCAAAUUCUGGUAGAGGUUCUGUAGAUUGUGCCCAAAGUAACAGAAACAUUAAGGAAGCAUGGACUACAACAGAACAGCUCCAGUUUACAAUUUUUGCUGCACAUGGUAUUUCAAGUAACUGGGUAUCAAAUUAUGAAAAAUACUACUUGGUAUGUUCCCUGACUUACAAUGGAAAGGAUCUUUUUAAACCUAUUCAAUCAAAGAAGGUUGGCACUUAUAAGAACUUCUUCUAUCUUAUUAAAUGGGAUGAACUAAUCAUUUUUCCCAUCCAGAUAUCACAAUUGCCGUUAGAAUCACUUCUUCACCUUACUCUUUUUGGAAUUUUAAAUCAGAGCAGUGGAAGUUCUCCUGAUUCUAAUAAGCAGAGAAAAGGGCCAGAAGCUUUGGGCAAAGUUUCUUUACCUCUUUUUGACUUUAAACGGUUUUUAACAUGUGGAACUAAGCUUCUGUAUCUUUGGACUUCAUCACAUACAAAUCUUAUUCCUGGAACAGUCCCCAAAAAAGGAUAUGUGAUGGAAAGAAUAGUAUUACAGGUUGAUUUUCCUUCUCCUACAUUUGAUAUCAUUUAUACUGCUCCUCAAGUGGACAGAAGCAUUAUACAACAACACAACUUAGAAACGUUGGAGAAUGAUGUGAAGGGGAGACUUCUUGGUAUUCUUCACAGAGACUCAUCACUUGGACUUUCUAAAGAAGAUAAAGCCUUUUUGUGGGAGAAACGUUAUUAUUGCCUCAAACACCCAAAUUGUCUUCCUAAAGUACUUUCAAGUGCCCCAAACUGGAAAUGGGUUAAUCUUGCCAAAACUUAUUCAUUGCUUCAGCAGUGGCCUCCAUUGCAUCCACUGACUGCCUUGGAGCUGCUUGAUUCAAAAUUUGCUGAUCAGGAAGUGAGGUCCCUAGCUGUGACCUGGAUUGAGGCUAUUAGUGAUGAUGAGCUUACAGAUCUUCUUCCACAGUUUGUGCAGGCUUUGAAAUACGAAAUUUACUUGAAUAGUUCAUUAGUGCACUUCCUUCUGUCCAGAGCGUUGGGAAAUAUACAGAUAGCACAUCAUUUAUAUUGGCUCCUCAAGGAUGCUCUGCAUGAUGCACAGUUUGGUGCCCGAUAUGAACAUGUUUUGGGUGCUCUCCUCUCAGUAGGAGGAAAAGGACUCAGAGAAGAACUUUUGAAGCAAACAAAGCUUGUACAGCUUUUAGGAGGAGUAGCAGAAAAAGUAAGACAGGCUAGCGGAUCAGCCAGACAGGUUGUCCUCCAAAGGAGUAUGGAACGAGUACAGUCCUUUUUUCUAAAAAGUAAAUGCCGUCUUCCUCUCAAUCCAAGUCUUGUGGCAAAAGAAUUAAAUAUUAAGUCAUGUUCCUUCUUCAGUUCUAAUGCGGUGCCCUUGAAAGUCACAAUGGUGAAUGCUGAUCCAAUGGGGGAAGAAAUUAAUGUCAUGUUUAAGGUUGGUGAAGAUCUUCGGCAAGAUAUGUUAGCUUUACAAAUGAUAAAGAUUAUGGACAAGAUCUGGCUUAAAGAAGGACUAGAUCUGAGGAUGGUAAUUUUCAAAUGUCUCUCAACUGGCAGAGAUCGAGGCAUGGUGGAGCUAGUUCCUGCUUCAGAUACCCUCAGGAAAAUCCAAGUGGAAUAUGGUGUGACUGGAUCCUUUAAAGAUAAACCACUUGCUGAGUGGCUGAGGAAAUACAAUCCUUCUGAAGAGGAAUAUGAAAAGGCUUCUGAGAAUUUUAUCUAUUCUUGUGCUGGAUGCUGUGUAGCCACCUAUGUUUUAGGCAUCUGUGAUCGACACAAUGACAAUAUAAUGCUUCGAAGCACAGGACACAUGUUUCAUAUUGACUUCGGAAAGUUUUUGGGCCACGCCCAGAUGUUUGGUAGCUUCAAAAGGGAUCGGGCUCCUUUUGUGCUGACCUCUGACAUGGCGUAUGUCAUUAAUGGGGGUGAAAAGCCCACAAUUCGUUUCCAGUUGUUUGUGGACCUCUGCUGUCAAGCCUACAACUUGAUAAGAAAGCAAACAAACCUCUUUCUUAACCUCCUUUCACUGAUGAUUCCUUCAGGGUUACCAGAACUUACAAGUAUUCAGGAUUUGAAAUAUGUUAGAGAUGCACUUCAGCCCCAAACUACAGAUGCAGAAGCUACAAUCUUCUUUACUAGACUGAUUGAAUCAAGUUUGGGAAGCAUUGCCACAAAGUUUAACUUCUUCAUUCAUAACCUUGCUCAGUUGCGUUUUUCUGGUCUUCCUUCCAAUGAUGAGCCGAUCCUUUCAUUUUCACCCAAAACAUACUCCUUUAGACAAGAUGGUCGAAUCAAGGAAGUUUCUGUUUUCACUUACCAUAAGAAAUACAACCCAGAUAAACAUUACAUUUAUGUAGUCCGAGUUUUGAGGGAUGGACAGCUUGAGCCAUCAUUUGUGUUCCGAACAUUUGAUGAGUUUCAGGAACUUCACAAUAAGCUCAGUAUUAUUUUUCCACUUUGGAAGUUACCAGGCUUUCCUAAUAGAAUGGUUCUAGGGCGAACACACGUAAAAGACGUAGCAGCCAAGAGAAAAAUUGAAUUAAACAAUUAUUUACAGAGUUUGAUGAGUGCUUCAACGGAUGUAGCAGAGUGUGACCUUGUUUGUACCUUCUUCCACCCUUUACUUCGUGAUGAGAAAGCUGAAGGAAUAGCUAGGUCUGCUGAUGUAGGUUCCUUCAGUCCUGCUCAAGGCCAAAUAGGAGGAGCAGUGAAAUUAUCUAUCUCUUACCGAAAUGGUACUCUUUUCAUCAUGGUGAUGCACAUCAAAGAUCUUGUUACUGAAGAUGGGGCUGACCCAAAUCCAUAUGUCAAAACAUACCUACUUCCAGAUACCCACAAAACAUCCAAACGUAAAACCAAAAUUUCACGAAAAACUAGGAAUCCAACAUUCAAUGAAAUGCUUGUGUACAGUGGAUAUAGCAAAGAAUCCCUAAGACAGAGAGAACUUCAGCUAAGUGUACUAAGUGCAGAAUCUCUGCGGGAGAACUUUUUCUUGGGUGGAAUAACCCUGCCGUUGAAAGAUUUCAACUUGAGCAAAGAGACGGUUAAAUGGUAUCAACUAACUGCAGCAACCUGUUUGUAAGUUAGUG